ACAGCAACAGGGGUUGGGGGGCCCACUUUAAAAUGAGAUCGCUCCCCCGCACCUUUCGUUUUCAGAUCCGCAUGAUGACUGAUGUUUCCGAUCUCUUCACGUACACACAGCUCUCUUCUCCGAAUGCUACUUACCAUCGCCGUUCAUCACCUUCACUCUUUCUCUUUCUCUCUCGUUCUCUAGCUCGAAAGUAAAUCUCUGCUUUUCCUUCGCUUUCCCGACUCCCAUGGCUUCCACAGUGGAUUCCACUGCCCAUACGCUGUCCCAGCUUGGUGUCCAUGAUGAUUUCGCUUCUUCUGUCCCAAAUCUUGAAAAAAAUCUCAACCUUUUGCCCCAAGAACAGGUUGGGCUCGCGAAGAUGCUGUUGGAGAUGGGGCAAAGUCAUUUGUUUGAACAUUGGGCGGGCCCGGGUGUCGAUGACGACUUAAAGAAAGGCUUUUUCGAGCAGGUGGCUCGCCUAAAUUCAAGCUAUCCUGGGGGUUUGGCAUCAUACGUUAAAACCGCUAGAAGACUCUUGGCUGAUUCAAAAGAUGGAAAGAAUCCAUUUGAUGGCUUCACGCCUUCUGUUCCAACUGGUGAGAAUUUAACAUUUGCUGAUGAUAAUUUCACCUAUUUUGAGGAGGUAGGUAUAAAGGAAGCUCGAAAAGCUGCAUUUAUUCUUGUUGCAGGGGGCCUUGGGGAGCGUCUAGGAUACAAUGGAAUCAAGAUAGUAUCAAGGGCGAGUUGAACCCAGCUGACAUUGUCCUGAUGUUGAUUGAUGGUGGAUCCUCGAAGAUUGAUUUGAGCAAGGGAGGUGGUCUCAUAGGAUUAACUACCAGCCACGAAGGGUCUUCAGUACAUCUCGUCUCUAUGAAGCUCAACGGUGCGAACUAUUGUAUGUGGGCACAGGCCAUGAAACUCGCGAUUAGAGGUUGGGGGAAGAUGGGCUACCUUGAUGGUUCAUCGAAAACUCCGGAAGAAUCCAAGACGCAAGAGUUCUAGCAGUGGCACAUUGAAAACUCGCCGGUAUCGUCUUGGCUGAUAAAUGCCAUGGUUUUAGAAAUCCAGUAAAGGUUUAUGUUCUUCCCUCAGCCCAUGAAAUCUGGAAGGCUGUGCGAGACUCAUACUCUGAUAAGAAGGAUUUGGCUCGCAUAUAUGAACUUAAAAUGAAGGCAUGGACGCUGCAACAGGGGGAGCAUGAUGUCAUGACCUUCUGGUUAGAGCUUAAUGCUAUUUGGUAGGAACUAGACCUGAUGACAGACUUGGAGUGGUCAAUCAGCCAAGAUGCAACACGGUAUAAGGAGCAGAUUGAAAGCGAAUGAGUAUUUCAGUUUUUGGCUGGUCUAAACCAAUCUUUGGAUGAUGUAUAGGGACGAGUUCUAAGUCGUAUACUGCUUCCAUAACCAAGGAAGUAUUUUUUGAGGUGCGUCGUGAAGCUUCAAGGCACAAGUCAUGCUUCCAAGACCUAUUUCUACUCAACCAACUUUAGACUCAGCUGCACUUGUGAGUAAGAGCAAUGACACGAAUUAGAAGACCCAAAAAGGGAAGGUGACCUGUGACCAUUGUAAGAAGAUUAGGACAUACUCGUGAGACUUGUUGGGAUAUACAUGGCAAACCAGUUGAUUGGAAGUCGAGAAAAGGAAAGACACGAAGAUAUCAAACUUCCCAUGAUGUACACCAGAUAAACCAGAAUCAACCCUACUGGUGCCUAAGAUUGAUAAGGAACAACUCGGUAAGUUACUCGAGAUGCUCAAUAUGCUCUAGCAAAUGAAAAAAGGUAGAAACAAAACCAUACUGCAUCUGUGGCUCAUAAAGGUAAUCAUGUCUUACUUACUUCUACUAAUAACUUCAAAUGGAUUGUUGAUACUGGGGCAAUAUGGCAUC